AGCCUACUCACCAAACCUAAAAAUACUUAUGGCAAUCAACAACUACUAAUUAAUCUCACUCUGCACUUCUGGUGAUUCCAAAGAGCCUGCAUGUCACUAUUAGUACGAUUGUGGCCUGGACAGCUUGUGUUGGACAAAGACCAGAACAAGAAAAUGAGGGCAAAAUCUGUUUCUGGGAAGGUCAUUUUGGCGCUAUGCAUUGCAAGUUUUCUUGCAGGUUCUCUUUUUACCAACAGGACUUGGACUCGCCCUUCAGAGAGUAAAGGCGGAAUUUCUCAUCAUGUCGAUGAGAAUCUGAGCUUAGUCGGUGCUGAUUGUGACCACAAGCGUAAACUGGCGGAAGUGAGUUCAUUUGACGGAGAAUUUGAAAAGACUAAUCAAGCUAUUCAGAAGCUUGAUGACACUAUAAAAUCACUGGAAACCGAGCUGAUACAGUCACGGACAAGCCAAACUGCUAGGAGUAAACCUGUGUUGGAAAAAACAUUGACGGCUAGUAAAGCAAAGAAAGCCUUUGUCUUCAUCGGAAUCAAUACAGCUUUUAGCAGCAGGAAACGUCGUGACUCUGUUCGAGAAACAUGGAUGCCAACAGGAGCUGCACUAAGUAAGUUGGAGAAAGAAAAAGGGAUUUUUAUACGGUUUGUUAUAGGACAUAGCGUGACACCAGGUGGAGUCCUUGAUCGAGCAGUUGAUGAAGAAGAGGCCGAGUACAAGGAUUUUCUUAGGCUAAAGCAUGUCGAGGGGUACCAUGAGCUGUCCAGCAAGACCAGGCUGUAUUUCUCAUCAAUUGUUUCCAUUUGGGACGCUGAAUUUUAUGUUAAGGUUGAUGAUGAUGUCCAUGUAAAUUUGGGUGCACUAGUGAAUACACUUGCCCAGCACAGAGCGAAGCCAAUGGUCUACAUUGGAUGCAUGAAAUCUGGUCCAGUUCUUUACAAAAAAGAGGAGAAAUACUAUGAGCCGGAGUUCUGGAAAUUCGGGGAAGAAGGAAACAAGUAUUUCAGGCAUGCUACUGGCCAAAUUUAUGCCAUUUCCAGGGGCCUUGCUGACUACAUAUCAGCAAAUUGGCCGAUAUUGCAUAGAUACGCCAACGAGGAUGUUUCACUGGGUGCAUGGUUCAUUGGCUUGGAAGUUGAGCACGUUAAUGACCGUUCCAUGUGUUGCGGGACUCCUCCUGAAUGCGAAUGGAAAUCUAAAGCAGGAAAAACUUGUGUGGCAUCAUUUGACUGGCCAUGCAGCGGAAUUUGCAAGUCAGUAGAGCGGAUGAAAUUCAUUCACAAUAUCUGCGGAGAAGGUGAUGCAGCUGUGUGGAAUGUUGCUUUGUAAUAUCAAGAGCAACAGGAACCCAUGACAAGCUACAGCCACCAUUUUACAGUACUGGGAGAGAAUGAGAGGGGAAGAGUUUGAUAUCCAAGUUCUUGCUUAGACUUAUUGUAACCUAGCCAGCUAGUGUUGAAACCAAACACAAUUUUAUCUGCUGCAUUUCUAAUUUUUCUAUCAAAAAAGUUUCCAGAACAUGCAUGCAUCAGACUCAGUUUUUGAAUUUUCAUAUUUUGGUUUUAUCAUCAGCAUCUCCGCCUUUAUCGUUAUAUUAUGAGUUCCUUAUAUUAU